GACCUUCAUUCGCGAUGAGGCUCAUAAUUCUUUUUACGGUCGUUCUGGUGGGCGUGGUUAAUGCCUACGAUGGAUACGGCUACGGACGGCGUGGACAGGGCGGUUAUAUGGGCGGCCUAAGCUACAACGGUGGCUUUGGGCAAGGGGGAUACGGAAUGUAUAGCGGGUACGGUGGCAACAUGGGAUAUGGUGACAAUGGCGGGUACGGUGGCAACAUGGGAUAUGGUGGCAAUGGCGGGUACGGUGGCAACAUGGGAUAUGGUGGCAAUGGCGGGUACGGUGGCUAUGGCGGGUACGGUGGUUAUGGCGGGUACGGAGGUUAUGGCGGGCUUGGUGGUUACGGGGGAGGUGUAGGCUUCGGUAAAGGUGGAUUUGGGAAGAAAUUUCGACCAAUGAUUAGAAGGAAAAAGUUUCGCCCGAUUUGGAGACCCAAAAAGAUGCCAAUCUGGAGACCCAAAAAGAUGCCAAUCUUCAGACCAAAAAAGAUGCCAAUCUUUAGACCAAAGAAGAUGCCAAUCUUCAGACCAAAGAAGAUGCCAAUCCGGAUGCCCAAAAAGAUGCCAAUCUUCAGACCAAAAAAGAUGCCAAUCUUUAGACCAAAGAAGAUGCCAAUCCGGAUGCCCAAAAAGAUGCCAAUCUUCAGACCAAAAAAGAUGCCAAUCUUCAGACCAAAGAAGAUGCCAAUAUUCAGACCAAAGAAGAUGCCAAUCCGGAUGCCCAAAAAGAUGCCAAUCUUCAGACCAAAAAAGAUGCCAAUCUUCAGACCAAAGAAGAUGCCAAUCCGGAUGCCCAAAAAGAUGCCGAUCUUUAGACCGAAAAAGAUGCCAAUCUUCAGACCGAAAAAGAUGCCAAUCUUCAGUCCCAAAAAGAUGCCAAUCUUCAGACCAAAGAAGAUGCCAAUCUUCAGACCCAAAAAGAUGCCAAUUUGGAGACCCAAAAAGAUGCCAAUGUGGAGACCAAAAUGGCGCCCAAUGCCUAAAAAUGGUUAAGGUAAACAUUCUUUGUUUAACUGGAUUCGGAGCCCAGGCUGAUCUACGGACCAUGCUUUCUGUUUCGCCGGAUUCAUUUACACUGUUAAAUCAACGAGCUAAAAUAAAAUUGAGUCGAC